UUACACAUUUGAGAUAAUAAUAAUAUAUUUAAUUUUAUCGAGUUUUAACAUAAAAAUUAAGUAAUAAGCAGAGGGCGUGCUGGAACAACAGCUGCUGAGUAGUCAGCUCGGCGGUGCGGCCUCAUGCUUCGAAAGAGAAGAGUGUGUUUGCGAUGACUUUUCUCACGUGUUCAUUCUAAUAAACACAGGCUUUAAAAGUUUUUUUUCUCAUUAUUUAUAUAAUUCUUUUGCGUAAUCCCAUUUCGUGAUACGCAAUGCGGCGUCUAGGCGAAGAAAAGACGAAGUUAGUGCUUCUGAAGUUGGCAAAAUAUAUAGGUGAUAAUGUCAAAUUUCUCUUGGAAAGGCCAGAUGGUGUAUACUGUUUUAGGGAACAGAAAGACAGAAUUUACUAUGUGUCAGAGAAAAUUAUAGCUUUAGCAAAUACAGUAGCUCCUGACAAUUUGAUGAGUGUUGGCACAUGCAUAGGAAAAUUCACUAAAACUGGCAAAUUUCGUCUGCAUAUUACAGCAUUGCACUAUUUAUCACCAUAUGCAAAAAAUAAAAUAUGGGUUAAGUCAUCUGCUGAACAACAGUUCUUAUAUGGUAACCAUGUAAAUAAGGCUGGUUUGGGAAAAAUAACUGACAAUGUCAAUCAGUAUUCAGGAGUUGUUGUAUAUUCUAUGAGUGAUUUGCCACUGGGAUUUGGAGUUGCUGCUAAAAGUACUGCAGAUUGUAAACAUGCAGAUCCACUAUCAAUAAUUUGUUUUCACGAAGCUGAUGUAGGUGAAUAUAUUCGCAGCGAAGACACUCUGUUAUAGGUAAAUUUAUAAUUAUUCAUAGGGAAAAAAACAUAAAAAUACCAAAAAAUAACAAUUUUUUAUUGAUGUAACCUGGAAAAUACAUCGAUAUUAACUUAAAAAAUUAUAUUCAACAUAGAAUUUUUAUA